AUUCCCAGCUUCAACAAGAAGACAGAGAAGCGAAACGAAGAGAGGUGGUUGAAGAAACGAACCCUAAGAGAGAGAGAGAGAGAGAAACUUUGCUUUGAUUUCAAGCCCUUUUACCAUUGCAUUUCGGGAUCUCGAAUCUUCAAUCUGCAAAGGCAUUAUUGACUCUGCUUCUAUGGCGAAUUCAAAGAGCUCCUCGGGUGUCAGAAAUUUGAUUUACCCGGGAAAGCAUGCAUUACUUCCUCCUAAAAGCCCGUUUCCUAGUGUUUCUCAAGCAUACGCGGAUUAUAUCCCAAAUCCUGUUGUUGGUUCAAAGGCAGCUAACAGACCUAGAGAGGGAAACACACAUCACCAACGUACUUCAUCUGAGAGCCUUGUUAUAGAGGAGCAGCCUUCAUGGCUUGAUGACCUUCUUAAUGAGCCAGAGACACCUGUCCGAAGAGGUGGUCAUCGGCGGUCGUCAAGUGAUUCUUUUGCAUACGUGGACAUGGUUAAUAUGUCUAACAUCAGUUAUGCCGAUCAAGAUGAAUAUAAAUAUAAGAAUUUGAUGUCUAUUCCAUCUUGGUCACCUCAAGACUUUGACCGCAGCAAAGAUGCUUGUCAUUUACCUGUUUAUGCUGAAAUAAACUCAGCAAAACAGAAAAAUAGAUCAUGGGACUCUUUUUCAAAUGCCGUGACAAAUGCAGGUGGUGUUCCUUCUGGGAAAGACACUGUUACUUUUCAGGGUUCAGGAUUGCCAAAUACGACACAUGAAGCAGAUGUGCUUCUACCAAUCGCAAAUGAGAAACAUGAUUCAGUAGAAUCUGGCUUACAAGACGCAAAAUCAAUUUCUGAAAAAAAGGAUGGUUCACAUGCGAAGUCAUCUGCCUCUGAAACAGAUACAAAACGUGCUAAACAGCAAUUUGCUCAACGAUCACGGGUCCGGAAACUACAAUAUAUAGCUGAGCUGGAAAGAAAUGUACAAGCUUUACAGGCUGAAGGGUCUGAAGUCUCAGCUGAGCUCGAGUUUCUUAACCAGCAGAAUCUUAUCCUGAGUAUGGAGAAUAAAGCACUCAAGCAACGUUUAGAAAGUUUAGCACAGGAGCAGCUUAUCAAAUAUUUGGAACAGGAAGUACUGGAAAGAGAGAUUGGAAGAUUACGCACAUUGUAUCAGCAGCAGCAGCAGCCACAGACACAUCAGCCACAACAGCAACCAUCUGCUAGUCAUAGACGCACAAACAGCAGAGACCUUGAAUCUCAGUUUGCAAAUCUUUCUCUAAAACACAAGGAUACCAAUUCAGGGCAUGACCCUGCUACUGGAGCACUCAGAAUUUAGAUUUGCACUAGCUGUAGCCUUGUUCUGCCUCUACAUUCAACUGGUGUUGCCACACCUGCGAUAGAAUUGUUUCCUUCCCAUGUGUGGGAUUGUGCAGAGAUUUCCAGCAUAUUCCCUCUCUCUGCCCGCUUUGCUGCUUUCAGCCUUCUCUUAGUCUUUCCGUUUUCUAUUUACUUAUAUUAUUACCAUUUAAUGUGCACCUGGUGGUCAUUGCCGAAAUCUUAUUCUAUUUCUGUCAAUUGACCUACCAGAGGUGGUAACUCAACAUUUCCAAGCUUUCAACAACCUCCCCCCCCCCCCCCCCCAACAGUAUUUCAGUGAAUAUGUAGCUGUAAUGUAUACCCCCUCUUGUGAAACUCCACUAUUGUGGAAUUUGGCCCAGUGCAAAUAGCAAUAUCUCAGGGCCACUUGAAUGUGCCUUAUUUGUAUGGAUAAUGUUAAGCUAAUCAACGUUUGUAAUGUGAUUUUUAUGUAGUUAUGUUUUCUCAACAUAUUGUUUGAUAAAACAGUGAGAAAAUUGACCUAGGACAUUUUUUAAGUCAGCUGAUUUCUGAAAGUUCCGCUUUCACUUACAGACCAAGUAAAAGGCUAAAAGCUUUUUAUAGGUUAUUGUUUUUCAUUUUAGUGGGUCCUGUAAAUCAGAACAACUUAAACUUUUCAUCUGAUGAGAUAAUGUGUUGUUAUAUCAAAUCGAAUCUAGAAGACGUGCAUUUAUGUGCUUGGCACGACUCAUGAGAAAAGGGCAU